ACUUAACGGAUUACGGUGGCCAAAGGCCCAUAUAAUUUUCACGGUGUACGACCGCAGACGGAAACCUACAUCCGUAAAACCCCUUCGACAUUCAUUCACCUUCUACUUUUGCAUCUUCUGCACUUUUCCUCCCGAGUCCACCUUCUUCUGGCAGACGGCGAAAAUCUGAAAUCUCUUCCAUCGAUUCCAAGGCCCGAUCUUCUCUCGCCGUCGCCAUGUCUCAGGUGGAUAACAGAAAUUCUUCAGCAUCCAAGCGUGCUCGAACUGAUGGUAGCCGUAGGGAAGAUGAUUGGACCUGUCCUAGCUGUGGCAAUGUCAAUUUUUCAUUUAGGACAACUUGCAACAUGCGCAACUGUACACAGCCAAGGCCAGCUGAUCAUAACUCGAAAUUUGCGGCCAAGCCUAUGCAGCCUCCACAAGGUUAUUCAUCUUCAGCUCCCUAUGUUGGUUCUGGUGCACCAUCUUCUAUGUAUUUGGGGAUGCCGCCACCAUAUGGUUCUUCUCUCUUCAAUGGAUCAAGUAUGCCACCUUAUGAUGCUCCAUAUUCUGGGGGCUCAGCAUAUCAUUACAACUAUGGCAACCGCCUGUCUGCUGGCAGCCCUUAUCGACCGCUCCAUUUAUCUGGACCAGCACCUUAUUCUGGGGCAUCUAUGAUGGGGAAUGGUGGGAUGUACGGUAUGCCCCCUUUGGUGGACCGAUAUGGCUUAGGUAUGCCCAUGGGCGCUCCUAUGGGACCAAGGCCAGGAUAUUUUUCAGAUGAUAAACCUCAAAAGAAAGAAGCAACACGUGAUAAUGAUUGGACAUGCCCUAAAUGUGGAAAUGUCAACUUCUCCUUUAGAACAGUUUGUAACAUGAGGAAGUGCAAUACACCAAAGCCUGGAUCCCAGGCUGCAAAAUCUGAUAAGAAUUCUAAACAAAAGAUGCCUGAGGGAAGCUGGAAGUGUGAGAAAUGUGGCAAUAUAAAUUUUCCCUUUAGAACCAAGUGCAACAGACAAAACUGUGGGGCUGACAAACCAUCUGAAUCAAAUGAGUCCCCAUCAGCAACUGAAGAUGAAAAUGAUCAGUGAGUACUAGGACAUGUUUGAGAGUUGAGAAGGUCCAGAGUUGUCCAGCAUUGCUCAGUAUGGGUGUCUGAAAGUCAGUCCUUGUCGUCUUCAUGUUGCAGCGGUUGUCGAGUUACUCUGCCUUCUCUUGAUCUUUAUGUGUCAAGUUGUUGUAUUAACUGCAAUGGUAUUUAUGGUCUUUAUGGAUCCUUCAGAUGCAUCAUGUGUCAGCCAGCUUGGUCUGGCAAGACGUUAUAAGGUUGGUUCUGGUUUCCUAUUAGAUAGGGUUUUUAAACUACUUUUUUUUGGAAUUAACUCAUCUAUUCCGGUCGGCAUGAUAAAUGUACACUUGGGCUAUGUGCUACUAGUAGCUUUUAGGAUACUGCAGGCUUGGCUUUUCUGGUA